CAUUAGAAAAAGAAAAAGAUGCAUACAAUAGGAUACAAUACAAAUGUGCAUUACCCACGAAUGCAUCGAAUAAUACACUUGUUUGUUUGUUGUUUGGGUUAUUUAGUUUUUUUAGUGCUGAAUUAAGUUCUUUCAUUACGUGAUUACAGGAAUGUGUUGUGAUGUAUUUGCAAGCUAAAUAAAAAGUACUGGAUUGCGGUUGCCUUCGCGGGAUGCCUCUAAAACAAUGGACAAAAGAAACCGGUCCCUGCUGCAGCUGCACCAGCACGACAUCGUCAGAGACCUGGACGUCACCUACAUUAUAGACAAGCUGUAUCAGGAAAACGCUAUAUCCAACGAGGAUAUCGAACACAUAUCCAACUUGACAAACCGCGUCGACCGCACACGAUACCUAAUCGACACGCUCCUCCAGAAUGGUAACAACGCUGCCUACCAAGCCUUCGUAGACAGCCUGUUUAAGGACCACAACUGGCUAUGGGAGAAACUUCAGCUAGACCUGAAUGAACCAAUGGUUAACGCCAGUUUCGAGGACAGCCUCAGUAAAGGCGACGUGCCGAGGUUGCCGGAUCAUUAUGUGCAGAGGGUUGCUGUGGAAAAUGAAGUGGUCACCAAGCUCCGAAGCCUCGCCCGCCAUAAGAUCUUGGCUCUCCACGGCAUGCCAGGGUCCGGAAAGACUUCCGUGGCCAUUGGCGCCCUUCGGUAUAACCCCGACCUGAUUAACACCACGUUUAACGGCGCCGUGUUCUGGCUCAACUUCGGCAACUGCAAGACUGAAGAUGACAUCCUUAGUCUACAGAACAAAUUAUAUCGCAAAGCAUCAUCCUCAAUGUACGUCCACAACUCGUACAUGAAUUCUUCUAUAUCCAUGUCCAGCAUCGGAUCCAACGCGGACAGCCAAUCGCUAUCCAGCUACGAGUGGACCUGGCAGGAACUACGUGACAGACUGAAAGCCCAGUUCGCUGAGAACGUGCUAAAAGAUGCCCUCUUAGUAUUAGAUGAAGUCAGUGAGAAGAGAUAUUUGGAGGCGUUCGAUAUAGGAUGCAAGAUACUGAUCACUACGAGGGACACGGAUGUUGUGGAUAAUUUCCAAGCACAGAUAAUUAAGAUAGGAAACAACUUCGAAGAGAAAGAAUCUCUCGAACUCUUCGCCUCCUGCCUCGAUGUAGACAUGAGCAUGUUACCGCGCCAAGCCAAGAAAUUACACGACAUCUGCAAAGGCAACCCCUUUUCCAUUGCGCUGGUGGGCGCAAUAUUGUCAGAGAAUAGACAGAGUUUGAACCACGACAAUAGUAGAUGGACGUAUUAUGUGAAUAAGUUGCAGAAGAAGGAAUUCUUGUUUUUACCGCGUCACGAUAACCCGAUCAAAGUCUGCAUCAACGCUCUCGACUCCGCCACACUGUCCCUCUUCAAAAAACUCGCCAUACUACCCGACAACGCUAAAGUCACCGCCAAAGUCAUCGGUCGCCUGUGGGACAAAAACGACACUGAAGUCGAAACUAUCAUGAAACAACUCCGUCGAAAGUGCCUCAUAAUGGAGGAUUACAACUACGACGAGAGAAUAUACGUUUACGAAAUACAUGACUUGAUUAUGAAUUGUCUAAGAUCGUCUCUAAGCGAGGAUGAAAUGAAGAAAACUCAUGCGGAAUUCCUAAAGAGAUACCAUUAUGAUAACAUAAAUACUACACCGCUAGAAAUAAUUGAUGAUGGUUAUAUCGCCUUCUAUAUUGGUUAUCACAUAUAUAACACUAAGAAUUCUAAUAAUAAGUGGAGUUUAUUUCAUAAGUUGUUCCUAGAUUUGAAGUUUUUGGGAAAUAAAGUGAAGUUAACGGGACCGGGAAAUGUUAUAUUGGAUUUGCAGAAGUAUGAAGAACUGAUUGUUGAAGAUGACCUAGAUAAAGACCUACUGCUAGCCCUGAAGAUGUUCCUAGGCACGCACGGCAUAGACCUGUACCGGUACCCGUGCACGGACCUAGCGCAGAGCAUACUACAACACGAGGCCAAAGGCAUACUCUACAGUAAGGCGGCGGCGGUUGCACAAGAGAAUACUGCUAAAAAUGAGCUUUAUUUCGAGUUUCUGCACGAACAAAACGUAGAAGAGAUCAAACAUUCAACAAUAGAUCUUAAGGAGGAGAACAUAAGAUGCGUCGGUUUUCUCGGUGACUACGUUCUAGUAGGCACCCUGUCUGGCUCUAUAAAGAUGUUCAACAUAUCGAGCAACAACCUGACCCGCGAGCUGCCGGGCGCCGGCUCCCCCGUGAAGUGGGUGGGCGCGUGUCCCGUCAACCCGCCCGUCGUAGCCGCGCUCGCCUUCGCGGGCGCGCUCACCGUGUAGUACGUCGACGACGCCGAGCCGGAGCCCCACCCCCACGCCGAUACUAUCCGAGAAGAAGACCCUGAGGAACUGUACAACAACAAUUACCCCGGCAACCUGAUCAUCACGCCCAAAAUGGGCCCCUUCAUCGGCUGCCGAUGGCUGAACGACUCCGAGAUCCUCGUGGCGCACACCGCCAAGACUGUCGUGCUGUAUGACCCUCAAGGCGCUCCUAGACACACUUACACGGAUCUUGUUGAGAGGGACAAGGAAUUGUUGUGCUGUGUGCCCAGUUAUGAUGAUAGGUAUUUGAUAAUGGCGUUGGCCAAUAGCAAUAAGAACUACGUGGAUGUUAUCGAUCUGAAGAGUAAAGAAAAAGUGGUCUCAUUGGAAGAGAAUGAUACUGUAUUGGAUAUCAUUACUGUGCCAGGCACACAUCGAAUAAUAAUUCUAACCCCUAAAGAAGUAAUAGAGCAUGAAUUAGAACUGAACGGACACCAAAACAACCUCGGUAUCUGCCGCACUCGCUCCAUCAUCACAGGUGACGCAGUGCGGGCCGAGCUAACAUUCUUGUCGUUGGCGGUCAACAAGACUGGCUCCCUGUUGUUUAUUUCCACCGAUGACAGUCGCAUUAUAUGCGUCGACCUUAACAACUUGGCGAGGAUCUUCGAUCUUGAGAACCGGAGAGGUAAUGUCAUGUCCAUGGCUGUUAGCGAAGUGUGGCACGACAUCCUACCAGGGCCGGAUGUACUACUAACCGGGACGGGCACGAUAGAAAACUGCGCCAAGGUGUGGCAGCUCGACCCCUCUUACGUGGCGCAGAAUACUCAGAGGAAUGGGAAAGUGCGACUAACCACAAAGUUCGAUGUGAGUUUUGUCGAAGCAGUGUCGCCGCACACGGCGACGGGCAACGGCAGUCACAGUGUUCAUGUCACGCCGAAGAGGAACAAGUCUUUUGCUCUGCACUCUGAGGAUGAAAGGAAGAAACCACCGCUCAAAGGCACCAUGAGUCUCGAUCGGCACUCCAAACCGUGCCUCGCGCUUAACCUCAAGGGAAUAUGCAACAACGACAGCGGCGCACAGCCCCUGCUGGCCGUACUGGACGACAAGAACAACAUACAGAUAAUCCGUGGAACAAAAAUGCUUACCGAAAUAAUAACGAAAGCAGACGAAAGAAUAACUACCCUAAAAAUCUCCCCAUGCAACCAAUACAUCAUCUACGGACUCCGUUCAGGCCGGGUCCAGAAAUACGCGCUCCGCACUAAAGAAACCAAAAUUAUUCUAGACGUCAAAAGUGCAGUUCAGUACCUGAGCUUCGUGAAUUCUAAUUUGUUGGUGGCGGCCGGCAAGAACCGGUGUCUGAUGGCGUACAGAUUGACCAACGACGGAAAAUGGAUGCCGGAGAUGCUGCAGAAGGGGAAUAGCUAUCUGGGGUCGCAGGAGAUAUUAAAUGAUAUGGAAGGUAUAAAAAAGAAAAACGGCCAACCGGACCGCCUGUCCAACUCAAGCAGUGAGAGUAGCCUCAGUUCCAAAGAUCGUCAAUUCCCAGGCACCAGAGGCUGCCUCAGCGAAAGCACUUUAGUAGACUGUUUCUACCACAAAGGGCUUUUAACAGUAGAAUAUAAUGCCACUGUUAAACUCUGGGACGAGCUGCAUUGGAGGGCUGAGGUGUUAAAUGGGAGGCAGAAUGAUGUGCAAGUCAGUUGUGCCGCGUUUAGGAAAAAUGUGUUGGUUGUCUGUGAUGAUUAUAAUAAGAAGUUUCAGACGUUCGAACUGCGAGAGGAGAACCAAAUAGAACUGCAUAAGAUCCAGGAGUACAGACUGAACAACAAGAUUGUUUCCUGCGAUCUUACGUCCGACGGGCUUAUACUGGCUAUGGGACUCGACUCGGGCGAUGUUGUGCUAUGGAACGUGCAAGGUAAACGCCAGCUCCGCCUCCUAAAGCACCACAAAGCAAAGGUCCAAUGGUGCGCCUUCUCCCCCGUCCCCGACCGCAUCUUCACCUCCCCCCACUCUCCCACCGCUCCCACCGACGACAACCAACCCCCCCUCGUUCUUGUCACAAUGGCGGCGGAAAUAGUAUGGUGGAACAUAACGUAUGUUAUAACCAACAAGCCGCCGCCACGGAAGAUCAACGUGGUGACUCCGCUGGUGUUGAGUCCACGGGAUAUUACGUCUGCUGUAGGGAAUAUGAAUAUCGGUUCGAGUUACUUCUUCUUUGGGGGUGGAGGAGUGAACUGUUGGAGAGAGCUUUGGAGGAAAAAGACAUAUAAGGAGGGCUCAAAAAGAAAAGAAAUAUUGGCGUGCAUCAAGUUGUCAGGUAUGAACGCAAAAAAGUUGUGUUUCGACGAGAAAUUCUCUUGUUUUGUGACCGUCGACAACGCUGGCCACAUCCACACAAUGAACGUUAUGUCGUAGCAACGAAACCGUCGCAGCGCUAUAGCUAGGGCUGCUACACGAUGUUAUGGGUGCAUUGGUUUGUGAAAUUAAAUCUUGCCAGCUAAUUUUCUAGCGAGGAAGAAUACUAUUGUGGUUAAGACUUCCCUGGCUAAGUUACCUGGUAAAGAUAAUGACAAUCGCGCGCGAUAAAGAUGUAGUAAAUAUUUUUGAUUUCGCUGGCUAUAUGCGAAAUUUAUUCAUAUCUUUUGGAUUUCGCUGGAUAGAUUAACUGGCGACAUUGAAAAUAUAUCGCGCACGUAAAUAAUUAGGUAUUUAAAGAGAGUGUUUCUAGUACCUGUUUUAGAUAAUGUUUGAUGUGCUGAAAUAAAAAUGCCCCUAACAGAGAUGGCAGCCUUGUAGGGCAAUUAUAUUGUUAAAUAGAUUUUUAAGUAAUUUUAAACUAUGUAUUGCGUACACAUUCUUUUUAUUCGCUUAUUUUAUUAUUUUAUUUAAAUGGUGAUAUACCAGUUCUUCCAAUGCAUUUCAAAUGUUUAUGUUAAUCUUAAUUUUCUAUUAGUUUCAUAAAUGUAUACGAUUUGCCAUAGGCAGGUGGGAUAUAGGAUCAGGGAGAGGACCUCUGAUGCUCGCGCGGGUUCGUGCCUGGUGCAAAGGCUGGCCAUCGCUAUCCAACGUCGUAACGCGGCAAGUGUGAUGGGCACCUUUGCACCCGGUACAGCUCGCGGAGGUCUUUUAGAAUAAAAUAUUUUAUUUAGCUUAGUAGUUUUUUUAAUUCAUUUUAGAUAUAUUUAAGUUAUUUUUUGUAUGAUGGUAUAUACCAUUAAUCUUACGAAGUACUAAAUAAAUUAUUUGUUACAAUUUGCCAUCAUGUUAAAAUUAUUCUAGUAAUUUUUUAGUCAAUCCGAACUGGGGCGAAAUUAAUGUAAUCAUGCUUAGACAAAAAUGUAGUCUCAAAGUAGUUCUUACCUUCAUUUCUUUUGGUAUGAUUGAUAAAUUUCAGAGUAUUAAUAUUAAACGACUCUAUUCAUCCAUCCAGAUCUGAAUUCACCUUCAUGUUUUGUGUACCGUUAAAGUCCUUUCGCUUUUGAUACUAUUAUUUUAAUUUCGUAUUCGUAGUGUUUACUAUAGUUAUGAAUUUAAACUGCCCGCCUCUUCGUCUACGUAAAUAAUACGAUUAAGACAAUUUUAUACAUUCUUAUGCUUUACAACGAAAAUGAUGCUCACUAUAACGUGAUAUUUUGAACAAAAUCAUAGCGUAAAAGUCAAGCGCACAAUACGUAACUUAAGUACUUUGGUUGUUAAAAUAAGCAUUUUAUAACCUUAAGGUUCUUUGGUCAGUCUUUUAUUGUAUCUUGGACAACUGGACUUACUUAAUGUGCGAAAUCCAACAAAAAAUUGUGUUGUCUUUAUACUGUAGUUGUAUUUUCAACAGUAAACGAUUUGAUUUGUAGUGUUAUGACGGCAUAAGUUUUUGAAUGUCUUCGCACGUUUCUUAUGGCUCAAUUGUUUGUAUUUUAAGAAAAUGUAACUUGUAAGCGUAAUUCAAAUGGUUGAUAAAAGCUGCAUUGCAAUAGCCUAGAUAUUGAGAUUAAGAUGGUUAGUUUGGUUAACUAAUGAGAUUUACCAUGUGUUCAAUCCCACCACGCUCUGUCAUAAAUACGUAAAUAUUUAACAAUUAUACAGUAAGUAUCCUGCGUGUUUUCUGGGCGUUUUAGUCUAUGAGCUGAAAUGUAUUACAGCCGUUUGGCGAACUCGAAAUAAAAAGAAAUAGGAUGAUUUUUCAUCUAGUUUACGGAAUUGUAAUGCAAUCGGAUUGAUAUUUCAGAACCAUGAAGUCCAUAAUGUUCUAACAAACGGAAAGGAUUUAAGAUCACUUCAGUGUACAAGGGUAAAAUACUUAAUAUAACCAAUAUAUCAUAGAGUUUUAUACUACUUAGUCAUAAUUUUAAAUAGUCAGAGUUGAAUAAAACCCUAGACAGUAUAGUGCCGUCUCAAAACUACCGUACAAUUGUUAUUUUUUAUCAUAUUGCAGUUAUUUUCUCAUUCCGUAUCGAUUUUAUUUCAAAACGUGUUUUCAGUCCUAUCCUAGUCUGAACUAGGUUAAUAAUAAUAUACUAAUAACAUUUUGGUUAAUAUGUUGCUGAUUACACAAAUACUACAUGAACUUGAACAUUAGGUACGUCAUAAAGCAUUGCACAAACUCUUAUGUAAGGUCCUGGCAGAUCAGCGAUGUGGCUUGCCGCAUCAUCAUGCUGAGCCAGCGCCAAUUCUCUGCCACGACACAUGAUUAUGUCCUUUUAUGUUUUUAUUUCUUUGUUCAUAUCGUGUAAUUAUAAUAGUUUUUCUUUUAAUUUAAGCUGUUUAAUAAAUCUCUCUUUUUUAAUUACCAUGUAUGUUGUGGAAAUGAAUAAAAUGUUUAUCUAUCUAUCUAUCUAUUAAAAGAUGAAAUAAACUACUUCAUCUAGUUGUGUUUACGUUGUUAAAAUUUACUUGGCACAUAUUUGAGUAGUACAACCCCCUGGAUGAACUACCCUCGAUCACUGAAUAUAUUCGUGAAUCUUAAUUGUAUCGUAUAGGUUUUGCAUUGUUCUUGCUAGAUUAAAAGAGUACAUUUAUGAGAGACAGCUGGUGAAUUUUGAUGUCUCAAAAUAAUUAACGCAUAUUUUAUACUUUACUAUAAGGCUGGUAUUAUAUUGCCUUAAUUGUGCUAAGUGGUUCAAUUGUAUCUCAAUUUUAGUGAAUAUUAUUAGAUUAAUAUAAAUAUAGAUGAAAAUUUAACCUCUUUCAAAGGCGUCAUCGCAUUAUUAUUGAAAACUGUGUUAAUAUUUUUGGAGAGUUAAAUAAAAUGGCUGGACUGAAAUUGACGAAAUGUGGAAAAAAACAAUGAAAUCUGAAAUCAUUCACGAGAAUAGCAAUUUUCAAUCAUGUUUAUGAGAAUGAAGCAUUUUUUUUUAAAAAAUGUGAAUAUUGAUGAAACUAGCCAAAUUUAAUUUUAAUCAGAAAAUUUGAAAAUCGAAAUUGAUUUCGGCGAUUUAAUUUCGUGCAAUUAGACAAAUUUUAUGUUUUGUGCUCAAUGAAUGAUAGAAAAGGUAUUCCUGAAAGUAGGCAAUAUUUUUUAUUAUGAAAAAGUUCGCGUCCAUUUAUUGAAAUUUGUUUCUGUGAUCUUAUUUCUAUGUCAUUUUAAAACUAUUUCUUGGGUAACACGGAAUAUAUUGUACGUCCAGAUCAAUACAGUUUUUCGUGGACCAAGGCAGUUGAAGUUUAUAAUUCUAAUGACCAGAGUGGUCUAUGUUUUAAAACGAAAUAAAAAACUUACAUACCUAUACACAUACAUCGUUUGAAAUUACACAUAUGUUUUACUUAUAUCAACGGACAUUAGUAAAAGAAUGUUGUUUCAAUAUGAUUUUUGUACGAGUCUAAGGAUCUGAAGGUUUUGACUAAUAGCCUUCUCGCUAGAUGUAAAAGAAAAGUGCCAUUUUAUUUGUCGGAUGUAAAUACAAACAUAGUUAUAUAAUGUGAUGUAGUCCGCUUUGGAUCUCCAAUUAAAAUGUACAUACUAUUGUAACCUAAUUUUAAUCUUGGAUAUAAUUAUGCAUGGUGCUAUAUAAUAACAUAAUAAUGUAAGUUUUGUUGUACGAAACCAUGUCAGAAUCUAAUAAUGUGUUCUAUUUUUAUAUAAACUGACUAUGAAUAAACAAUUAAUAACAUGUUUAUAAUAAUUUUAUGUAAGAAUUAUGCGAUGCUCAAAUAUGCAUUUGAUAUUUGUUCCUAAUUUUAUACAAGAUUCUGUUUUUUGUAAAUCAUCAUUAAAGUACUAUUAUGUUGUUUUGAAAAUGUUUAUUGGGUAAGGGCUCAAUCGUACUGAUACUUAGUUUUUGCCACCGAAAUCACAAUUUGACUUCAGUGUAAAAACUUGCUUUUUUAUUAACACUUUUUUGUAAUUAGUACGAUUGUGCUUUAGAUAGAAAUACACACUCUCAAAUAGUAAACAGUUAAAACUUUUGUAAUGAUGAUCAUUAUGAUAAUAUUUCCAGAAAGACAUUAUUUUUAUUCUAAUUCGAAUUUUCCACUCAUUUACUCUAAGGUUAGCUGGAAGAAAUCCCUUAUAGGGAUAAGCUCGCCUUUGUACCUAAAUUUAUAUGAAUUUCAUGUUAUCAAUUUUUGUUUUGUACAAUAAAGUGAUUUACUACUACUACUACUAUUUUAUUAUUAUUUUAAUCGCAAAAUUUAUCAAAAUUCUAUGCUAGUAUUUUUUAAUAUACAUGCGAAAUGCAAUAAUUUUAGUAGAAUUCUAUAUUUUAGGCUCUAAUUGGAUGAUAACAUUAUUUUAUGAUAAAUCUUUACAUUUCCAAAUAAAUCGUUUUUUUAAAUAA